GUGCGUGGCCGCCGGGGCCAUGGCGGCUCUCGGCGUCGUCUGCCUGCUGCUCGGGCUGGCGUCCUGGCGGCCGGCCGCGGCCUCGGGUGAGGAGUUCUGGCCCGGACAGUCGGCGGCCGACAUCCUGUCCGCGGCGGCGUCCCGCAGGCGCUACCUGCUGUACGACGUCAAUCCCCCCGAAGGCUUCAACCUCCGCAGGGAUGUCUACAUCCGCGUGGCCUCACUGCUGAAGACGCUGCUGAAGACGGAGGAGUGGGUGCUCGUGCUGCCCCCGUGGGGUCGCCUCUACCACUGGCAGAGCCCCGACAUUCACCAGGUCCGCAUCCCCUGGGCGGAGUUCUUUGACCUCCCGAGUCUGAACAAGAACAUCCCUGUCAUCGAGUACGAGCAGUUCAUCGCAGAGUCUGGUGGGCCCUUCAUUGACCAGGUGUACGUCCUGCAAGGUUACGCAGAAGGCUGGAAAGAGGGCACUUGGGAGGAGAAGGUGGAUGGACGACCGUGCAUUGAUCCGCUGCUGUACUCCCAGGACAAGCACGAGUACUACAGGGGCUGGUUUUGGGGCUAUGAAGAAACCAGAGGCCUCAACGUCUCCUGUCUGUCCGUCCAGGGGUCGGCCUCUGUCAUAGCGCCUGUGCUUCUGGAAAACACUUCUGCUCGGUCUGUGAUGCUGGACCGAGCGGAAAACCUGCUUCACGACCACUACGGGGGGAAGGAGUACUGGGACACGCGGCGGAGCAUGGUGUUCGCCAGGCACUUGCGGGCGGUGGGGGACGAGUUCAGGAGCAAGCACCUCAACUCCACAGAUGCGGCGGACCGCAUCCCGUUCCAGGAGGACUGGCUGCAGAUGAAGGUCAGGCUGGGCUCCUCGCUGGGGGGCCCGUACCUGGGCGUCCACCUGAGGAGGAAGGACUUCAUCUGGGGACACAGGGAGGACGUGCCCAGCCUGGAGGGGGCCGUGAGGAAGAUCCGGAGCCUCAUGCAGACACACGGGCUGGACAGGGUGUUUGUGGCCACCGACGCCAUCAGGAAGGAGCAGGAAGAGCUGAAGAAGCUGUUGCCGGAAAUGGUGCGGUUUGAGCCCACCUGGGAGGAGCUGGAGCUGUACAAGGACGGCGGCGUGGCCAUCAUCGACCAGUGGAUCUGUGCCCACGCCAGGUUUUUUAUCGGCACCUCUGUCUCCACGUUUUCUUUUCGGAUUCACGAGGAGAGAGAAAUCCUGGGGUUGGACCCCAAAACAACAUACAACCGAUUUUGUGGAGACCAAGAAAAAGCCUGUGAACAGCCCACCCACUGGAAGAUUGCGUACUGAGCCGCCGGCACGUCUGCACCGCGGGCCUUGCCGGCCCGGGGGCCCGUCUGGGGCCACCCGUGGCGUGUCCCGGGCGGAGGCUGCCUCCCUCAGGCCUGCGUAGCGCCCCUCGAGUGGAGGCUCAGGCCCAGGCCUAGAUGCGGGGAGCGGCCGUGAGGAGCUGCAGCCAGGGCCCGCGGACCGCGACCGCAGCGGGAGGCCCCGAGGUGCUGGGGUGACCAGAGGGCCACGAGUCCGCCUGCCCGGAGCCGCAGGGCUGAGCCCUCUGCUCUGCCGUCCGGGGACGCCACCGCAGGCCUGUGGCGGUGGGCUCUGUUCAGGUGGGAAGGCCUGUGGGCCCAGCCGGUGGUUUCCUGUGACCCCCGAUGGAGCCUGGGCCUCUGCGUGGAUCGAGUGCACUGAGAAGGAACUGACUCACGCCUGCUCUGCGGAGACUGCAGGUCUGAGCAGUGCCGCGGGGCAGGGCGGCCUGCCCCUGGCUGGUGUGGCCCGCGCGCCCCGCCGUGCCCCUUGGCCACAUCCCUCCUCGGACUCCUCCAGCACCAGGCACGGAGCAGCCUCUUCCAGGCCCCCGUGGGUGGCCCAGGCGUGGGGAGGGGGACGCCGUGGGGCGGGACGCCUCCGGGCUGGCUGGGGUGCCGCGU